AUGCCUAACCUUCGAUCUUCCAACGCCAGUAUUGCACCUUGUACAUCUGGGGCUGAGAAUUCAUGUGACACUGGUAUUCUUGUGUUCAUGUUGAUUUUUAAAGCCGCUGUUUUCGUAUUUGGAGUACCUGGUAACUGCCUGAUCCUGCGUGUCUACUGGACCAAGGCACGUAAGACCAGCACCCACGUUCUGAUCAUGGCCUUGGCCUGGGCUGAUCUGUCCGUUUGCCUUUCCAUGUCUAUUAACAUUGUGGAACUUGCUCUAAAAUGUGCAGGCAACGGUGCAGACUCUAUAUUUUUCUCGUUGAUUGCGACUUUUGCGGAUAAAGGUGUGGCUGUUUCGCUUGGUAUCACCGCCGUGAUUGCUGUGGAUCGCUAUGACUGCAUAUGCCGGCCACAAAAGCGGUAUUGCACGCCAAGACGGGCCAAGGUAGCUGUUUUCGUUGUCGUGCUGUUCUCAGUUAUGUUGGGUAUUCCUGGAGGCAUCAGAGAGUACCUGUACCCACCAAUAUUAAGCAUAGACCUACUUGAGCCAAUUGCCGAAACCAUUGCUGUCUUAAUUGCAUUUGUAACAAUCGGGCUGUGUUACGGGAAAGUUUACGCGGCGAUCUUGAAACAUGUACAAGUCGGUGGCAUCCCCGAACGCACAUUGACGCAAGAUGAUCAGGUCACUUUCAACAUCGACAAAGACCGAACGAUACCAUCGACACAACGCACUUCGCCAGUCCAACUGACUACUAUCCGUAGUCCUACAACCAAAAGACGAAAUGGUUCCAAUCGUAACAGCAAGACUUGUUCGACACAACCGCUAUCAGAUGCACCGGCUAGAGUCGAAGCUAAUGCGUCGAUUGUCGACAACGAAGUGUCGACAAUUAAUUUGCCAAACACCAUCUGUACGACUCAUGCAUCUUUUUCAAGGCGAAAAGUUCUUGACAUUCCCCAAAAUGCUAAUGGUAAGCUGGUGAAUCCUGCUGAGCGUGAUUCCAAAGUUGGCCUGAAGAGCGUUUCCCAAGCAGUUUCAGAGCAAGGCUGUAGUAAGGGAGAGGACACAAACCACCGUGAAGCAACGGACGCUGGGAGAAGACACGCCCCUAAACGGAUGGGCGGCGCCGUCCUACAGCGUAAGACAACAAAAAUGCUCUUCAUUACCAGUGUGAUAUUCCUGCUGACGUGGCUACCAGAUCUGAUUGAUAAUGCUAAAGAAAUUGCUUAUUUGUCAGAUAGCAACAUAGACAGUACAUUUUCUUAUAUAAGUGAAUGGCUGUCUUUCACCAUAUUCAUCAACAAUGCCAUCAAUCCACUGAUCUACGGACUGGCAAACAAACGAUUCAGGAAAGACUGCAAGGAGGCGUUCCGCAAAAUCAGACGCUAA